AGUAGGUGGAAGGCGAGAGCAACUGGAUGCCGUGCAUGUUUUGUUUACUAACUUGCUCCAGGCAGCCAGUUUCUCUUCCUUGUAGCCUAAAGCUAACCUACAUUCUUGCUGACAGCAGUGAGACUCAGAAGAAAAGGUCAGCUGACAGCACUAUGAUAAUAGCAUGUUACCUUCGGCGAUAGUAUUACAAAUAAUCGAGCUAAUUUAACCUCUUUUUUUGGAGCUGGUCGUUGGAUUUAGGCUCUGGGGAUUUAACCACAUGGUGGAAAUCGGUUUGUGUACCUGUAACGUUCAUUUUGGAUUCAAAUACGGAGAUUUAGCAAAGAAAAUAACCUCUCAAUAGUUUGUUUAGGUGUUGACCAGCUAGUCUUCGAGCUAGCUUUGUCCUGUAGCAGUUAGCUAACCCAGCGGGCGUCUGCAUGGAGAGCUUUAAACUUACAUGCUGAAGUUUUGAGAUCACUCUCUAGACCGCCUGCUUUUACUGAGGUAAAUGCCGUCUAAAUGGCAAAAACGGAGCAGAGAAAUGGACUGGAACUUCAGGGCAACACAGAGAAGCUGACGGACAGUAACGGGAAGAGCAGCUCGAAUGGACUGGAGCCAGAGGUGAACGGCUCCAUCCCCGAAGAGACGCAGGUGGACAAGUACGGGUUCACUGGAGGAGCUCAGCAGUCCGCCGGAGAACUAGCGGAAGAAGUCCCCAUUGCGGUGCUGAGGCAACGCGAAGCUAAAUGGCUGGAGAUGCUGAACAGCUGGGACAAGUGGAUGGCCAAAAAACACAACAAGGUGAAAGAGCGCUGUCAGAAGGGGAUCCCUCCGUCCUUACGGGGCCGAGCCUGGCUCUACCUCACUGGGGCCAAAGUAAAACGGGAGCAAAACAAGGGCCGGUUUGAGGAGCUGGACAUUCAGCCAGGAGAUCCUAAAUGGGUCGAUAUCAUCGAGAGGGAUCUUCAUCGCCAGUUUCCUUUUCAUGAAAUGUUCGCAGCCAGAGGAGGUCAUGGGCAGCAGGAUCUGUUUCGCGUCCUGAAAGCUUACACUCUCCACCGACCUGACGAAGGUUACUGUCAGGCUCAGGCUCCCGUUGCUGCCGUCCUCUUGAUGCACAUGCCAGCUGAGGAUGCCUUCUGGGUUCUUGUGCAGAUCUGUGAAAAAUACCUUCCUGGAUACUACAGCACGGGGCUGGAGGCGAUCCAGCUCGACGGGGAGAUCCUGUACGCUCUGCUGCGGGGGGUGUCUCCCGUGGCUCACCGCCACUUAAAGAAACACAAGCUGGAGCCGAUCCUGUACAUGACGGAGUGGUUUAUGUGCGCCUUCUCCCGGACCCUGCCCUGGUCCUCUGUGCUGCGGGUCUGGGACAUGUUCCUCUGUGAGGGAGUGAAGAUCCUCUUCAGAGUGGGCCUGGUUCUCCUGAAAUGCAUGUUAGGAACCCAAGAGAAAGUCAAGACCUGCCAAGGUUUAUACGAGACGAUGGAGCUGUUGAAAAAGAUUCAGCCUCAGUACACACGUGAAGGCUUCCUGGUGCAGGAGAUCAUCGAUCUACCGGUGUCUGAGAAGAACAUUGAGAAGGAACACCAAGCUCAGCUGCGACGUUGGAAGGAGAGUCGCGGAGAUCUAAGUUGCAAGUCCCCUCCGAGGAUGCACGGCGCCAAGGCCAUAAUGUCUGCCGAGCCUCCGAGCCGGCAGGAGCUGAGACAGAGACCUACCAUCAUCGUUGAGUCUCCUUUGGCGGCGAAAACGGAAGCGGCUCCAGGAGACGAAGUGAAGGGAAGUAAAAAGGCCGCAAAGGCAAACGGGCACACGACGACCGUCCUGCCACCAGACGGGAUCGUUAAUCUCAGUGAUCCGUCCUCAACCCUUCAUCACACGACCACCCAGGGGUCCAAAGAGAGUCUGAGCAGCGCCGAGCACGACACGUACCUUUAACCAGACCAGGUUUACACCAGUUCAUAGAAUGAAUCAUUCCACGACACUCUGUUUCAGCAUGAACCACUUCAUAGUUUUUAGUGACAGGAUAAACAUUAAAUCCCUGCAGAAGCAGUGGAAAAUGCUUUUUACUCUUUAUAGACACAACACAGACUUCUCAGGUGUUGGGCUAAGACAUUUCACUAGACCAAAUAGCGUUUAAAUGUAUUUUAUGCUAAAAUAUUGCUGCCUAUGUAAGCAUAGGGGGCAAGGUUUUAAAUUGUAGAAGUAAUCAUUUUGAAAUGCACAUCAGUAAUGAGCAAUUCAUGGGAAGAGGUAUUCAUUCAUUCUACAUGUCCGAAGUCAGUUCGUAAGGGUCAUCCUGCAUAUUUCAGUUAUUUCUCUGGUUCAACAAACAUAAAUCAAAUAAUAGUUCAUUAUUUGGUAGAGUACCUCUACCAUACUUUGAGGUAAUUGGACCAUUUGAAUCAGCUAUGUUGGGGUAGAGACUCCUCUAAAACAGGCAGGUGUGGCCCUUGAGGACUAAAGCUGGCCCUAAUUAAUUAAUGACCUUUUCUUCCUCGGUUUUGCCCUGACGAGUCACUACGUUUCCAAUCUCUCAGCAAUUCACACUAACUCACAGACAAACACUUGCCAGCUUGUCUGCUUGGCCCAUUUUCAUGUGCUGGUUCUAUGAAUCAGUAAUUGCUCUUCUUGUCCACACGGGGGCGACCUGACGCUGGGGGUUUUUUUUUAGCCAAAGCAGUGAGCCGCUCUUGGGGUAAAACUUCACAUUCAGACGGAGGAGCGAGGUUCAUCACCAGCGGCGUUUUGUGUCAGUAUGCCAAAGAUUUGUUGUUUAUAUGUUUUAAAUAUUUGAGAAGAGGGUUUUGGUUUUCUCAAAGUGUUAACAUUAAUUUGUUAAAAGGGGACAAAUGUAUGAGAAUGUAGAGCUUCUUUAAAGUUUGCAGUUCCUUCAGUUUAAAAUGAUAUAUUUUUAAAAAGUUGUAUUUAAAAACAAGAACUGAUAAAAAGCUGUUAUUUGUAAUCUGCAACAGCAAAGUCACUAUUGAUCUGGUGAGCCAUAAACCUUUGAUAAUCAGAUAGAUGUUAGUGUUGUACCUCAUUAUCAUUAUUGUUGUUAUAAUAUGGUGUCAAAUGAGGAACGAAGUUUCAAAUGAAGUUUUAUGCAAGCAGCAUUUGCCAGUCCAACAAGCUGUUUUAAUGGAUGUAAGUUGAUGUACCAAAAUAUCCAUUGUCUUAUGUCUGAAAUUUUAUUGUACAAGCCACUAAGGUUAUCUGUUAAUUUUAAACAAAUUUAAAAAGUG